UGCACGAACAUCACAGCUUCCUAGCUUUACCUGUUCAGACACUCUGUAGGGACGAAAGCAGCUGUCAACUCCGUUGACUUGAUGAGAAAGACAUAAUCUGAGCAGGAGAAACGCUAUGAAACUGUGCCGGCCUCGGAACUGAACUGGUUCCCCGUGCUACUGAAGUACCGACAACUUUCACGCAUGGAAACAGGUCAAAGUUGGCCAAACUGAGACGAGCUGAAGCUGGAAGUGGAGACUUGGCGGAGGGUGGACCACAGAGGCAUAAAGAGGUCUUCACAGGUCGUGCCCGGAGUUUUGAGUAUCUAUUUGUGCAAGUAUGAAUCCAGUGUGGAAAACUUAUAAGAGCAAAGUGCUGAAGACCAUCAACCCUGAGUAUGAGGAGGACACUGCUGAAGAGGUCACGGAGGUGGAGAAUGAUAUGACUCCUGUGGAGGAGGAUGAAGGACCCAACGCUGUAUCCCAGCUGGCCAGGAAAAUGCAGGGGGCUGGGACUAAAAGCUGGAACAGGCUAUCAUCUCUCUUCAACAAAGACGAUGAACACCAGCUUCUAGAGGAAACCGAGAGCCCACCAGUCCCUGACCAUCCACUUGCAGUAAAGCCAGAGGAGCCUCCACGACCCACUAAGCGCACAGCAUUCUGGGAUAGCUUUGCGGCAAACUGGGCUGCCAAGAAGCAGACGGAAGCUGCGGCCGCUGCUGCUGCAGCAAACGAGGCAGCAGCAGGUCAGGGUGAGGAGGGGGUGACAGAGGCCGGAGAGGAGGAGAGCCAGUAUGGGCAGAUCCCUCAGGGAGAGGAGAGUGAAGGAGGAGGAGGAGGAGGAGAAGGAGAAGGACGGAGCAGCAACAGCUUCUCCAAAUACGCCUCGCUGGGAGGAGGGAGCGAGGACACAUCCUUCAAGUGGAACUUUGUCACCAGCAAGCUGGCAGAGCUGAAGUCCAAGAGCAACUAG